GAGUGAACGAUUGGGUAAUUUCUUGUGACUGGUGGCGAAACUGUACGCCGGGUGAACCAGCAUUGAAUUGCAGACGGUUCGGCUAAAAUUCCCAAAUCCAGGAAAAAAGAUCACGGCAGCAAACUUGCGCAUCUGAAUUUUUUAAGGUUAAGUUACUAUAUUCAAAGAAAAAUGAGUAAAGAAACUGUCAGGAAGGUUGAAAACAACAGCACACCGGAUGAGAGCAGUAUGCAGUAUUAUACACGUCAGGAGGUUCAAGACCAUAAUACGAGCGGAGACACCUGGCUCAUUAUCCACGACAAAGUUUAUGAUAUCACAGGUUUCAUGGAGGAGCAUCCAGGAGGUGAAGAAGUUUUGCUGGAGCAAGCAGGUACAGAUGCAACAGAAAGUUUUGAAGACGUGGGCCAUUCAACAGAUGCCAGAGAGAUGCUUCAGCAGUUUUACAUUGGGGAACUCCAUAAGGAUGAUCGAAAGAAAGAAUCAAAACAGGAUGUUUACAUUACAACUUCAAAGGAGUCCAGGUCAUGGACCACCUGGGUAAUUCCUGCCGUAGCUACUGUGCUUGUGGGCAUCAUGUACCGAUAUUACAUGUUGGACCACAAAUCGUCAUGAAGUCUUGCGAUAUUUCAACAUCAAUUGAUUUCCUUUGUCUGGAGGCCUUGACUUAUUGGACACAGUGAGCCCAUGAACUCACUGCUCAUUAAACAUCUGACCAUCCUACUUCUUUAGGUUUCACCCACCCGAGGGUUUGGACGUGAUAAAUACACCAUUAGAGCAUUUCCACUUUUCUACCAGGUUUUACCACACAUAGUAGUACCUGCAGGACCGAUCUGUGUUUAUCAUUAUGGUUUUUCAUAGUCAUACCAUAUCUGAUCUCGAUCACUUUUUCUGCCAUUAGAUUCUGUCAUAGUGUCUUUUCUAAAAAUGAUUCCAGUUCUUAGUAGCUGAUAUCUCGACAAAUCAGAAGUUCACAUUUUCCACUUGGCUGCUAAUUUAAUGUUUCACAGUGUAAUGUCUUUAGGUUAUAACCCAUGAUUUUGACCAAUGAUUUGAAUAUAUCCCGUUCCUUGUUGAAACAGGGGCCGCUUUCGGAGAUCUACCUUCUUGUAGAGUUUAUUUCGUGCACCGCUCAUAUGCAUUUAAGGAACCAGAAGACAUUGACAAACUAUUUUAAGUGUGUUUGAAUUGGGUUUAAACUCUUCUGGAAGGUACAUAUCCACGAGAAGCUCUGUCUUAGUGUCAUGCUAUUAAAAAUAAAUCACUAUUUUAAAUACAUUAAAAUGUAAAUGAAAGCAUUUACAUAUCGUCAUUAUUUUAAAUAUAGUUAUUCAACGUAAGACAACGUACAAUUGCUGAAAUGUAAGAUUUGUAGCAUACAGUAGGAUUACAGUCAUACAGUGCUUUAAAGUUGCAGAUACAUACGCUUUUCUUAUACAUUUAAGAUUUGUAUAGUGCGGUACCUCUAUCGGCAGACUUGAGAUUGACUCUUGUACUCUGACAUUUUUUAAUUCUGCAUUUAUUGAGACGUAUUUAAGUGUUUUACAAACACAAUUUGUUUUAAUGUGGGUGAGAACAUUUUUUGGGAAGUCUUGGAUUAGUUGAACUGUUGUACAGUGUGUAGAGUACCUGUUCGUAUAUUCAUCGCACGUAUGCAUUUGCUUCUCUUAUUGUUUGUUUUUUAGCAUUGCAAAACUUUCAGCUUUACUGGCUUUAGCUUUAAGGGCAAUAUAUAAAAUAUUAUAUGCAAGUGUUGCCUUUAACGUUCAAUGUUAAGUAAAACAAAUCGUUUGGUUGCAUGUUCAUUCACGUUUUGCUCACAUUCUGUAGCUCUGUUGUUACAUCUUGCGUUGUUUGUAAAUGUUGAAUUUACAGUUAUUCAGGUGGUUUAUGAAAUCCUUCAUAAAGUAUUUGUAUGCAUUUUAAUUAUCUACAUUUUCUUGGUGUGUAUUAUUUUUAACACUUUACAAUAAGGUUGUAUUAGUGAAUGCAUUAGCUAACACAUUAAGUAAUAAUGAUCUUUUGUUAAUCUUCGUUAAUGUCAAUACAGUUGUUAAUGUUAACGUUUUUUUUUUUUUUUAAAAAGGUAUUAGUAAAUGCCGAUAUUAACAUAAACUAAGAUAAAAUGCUGUAAAAGUAUUGUUCAUUGUUAGUUCAGGUUAUCUAAUGCAUUUACCAAUGUUAACAAACACAACCUUAUUGUAAAGUGUUAAUGUACAAGAAAGUCAUGCUUGGUUUUCUUCCCAAAUUGUCAUGUCUUGUUCAAUGUCACAUUUUCCUUUAAAAUUACACCCCGGCAAAUGAAUACUAUUCUUCUUUUACCAUUGUGUUCAGCUUUGUCCAACUGCUGAUGUUCACAUUUUCAUGUUUGUGUGAAUUUUACAUGCUAAGGUAAUACUAAGAUAAUAACAUUGUCCUGUUUUCAUCAGACAACGUUUCAUUGGUGUCAUGGUUUACAUUUAGGCUAAUGGAGAGAAUUAUAUAAUAAAAGUAAGGAAACAUU